UUAGCUUAAACCCAGUUCCCCAAAACCCUCCCUCCUCACCAUAGAAAUCAAGCUCUCUGUUCCUGCUCCGAUUUUAAAUUCAAUUUAUAAUCCUCUAUUUCAGUUAUCCCUUCGUUACCUAAAACUCAUUAAAGCCGGAGAUAUUACUUUCAAAGUUAAGAAGUUGGAAUUCAAAAUCAAAGCAGCAGAAGAAGUUAACAAUGGAUUCUUCAAUGGUGUCAAAGAAGCAAAAGAAGAAGAAAGAUAAAUACUCAUUGUCGGACCUCAAAGCCCUAGGUCACCAGCUACUUUCUUCAAGAGCACACGUAAACAACCUUCCUCUUCUCCUUUCAUUCAUCACCACAUCUACUCGUCCACAAUAUGCAUUGGAAUCUCUGCUUUCUCUUCAAUCAUUUUUCACUCCCUUGCUUCCCGAACUACCUUCUUCUUCGCUAUCGUCUUCAUUGAGUUCUGAAUUACAAGGUGAUCCCGAGUUUAUUUAUCGAACGUGGGUUCGUUCGAAGUUUGACGAAUUUGUGCAAUCCCUAAUGGAGAUUGCUAUCUGUUCUCAAUCCGAUGAAGCACUUAGAGAAGUUGUGUUGGACACGUUGAUGGAGUUUGUGAAAGUUGGAAAUGGUGGGAAGUUUCAUUCUUCUAUUUACCACAGGCUUCUUCAUAGCAUUGUUUAUUCCUCUCUUGAAGUAGAUGAUAUUUUGCUUGAUUUGCUCGCAUCAAAGUAUUUUAAGUACAUUGAUAUCCGAUAUUUUACAUACAUCAGCUUCGAAAAGCUUUCCCGAAGUAUAGGAGCCAAUGAUAUUGCAGACAAUAAAAAGGAGAGCCUAGACACCACUGAUGUGAAACAGCCAGAAUCAAGCUUGGACCUCUCAGUUCACAAGUUAUAUCAUCUACUAUCUCGUAUCCCUCCCCUGGAAGGUUCAGAUGACAAGUCAGAAUAUAAUAUGUGGAACGCUGCAGGUAUAUUUACUGGAAAAGAAAAUGGCAAAGGACACACCGGAAAGCAGUGCAAGGAUGAAUCAACUAAUAUCAAGGUUUUAUCUCCAGCCAACAUCGCAAAAAAGAUGAAACUGAAAUUUACUAAAGCCUGGAUAUCAUUCCUUAGACUACCACUUUCUGUUGAUGUUUACAAAGAGGUUUUGGUGAACCUUCAUCAAAUUGUUCUUCCCUACCUGUCUAAUCCUCUCAUGUUGUGUGAUUUCCUAACACGGUCAUAUGAUAUUGGUGGGGUAGUCAGUGUGAUGGCUCUUAGCAGUUUGUUUGUUCUCAUGACACAACAUGGUCUUGAAUACCCCAAUUUCUAUGAAAAGCUCUAUGCUCUACUGGAACCUUCUAUUUUUAUGGCAAAACAUAGGGCUAAGUUCUUCCAGCUUCUUGAUUCGUGCCUGAAAUCACCACUUCUUCCUGCAUAUUUGGCAGCUGCUUUCUGUAAAAAACUCAGUCGGCUAUCGCUCGCCAUCCCUCCUUCAGGAGCAUUGGUCAUUGUUGCUCUAAUUCAUAAUCUCUUGAGGAGACAUCCUUCAAUAAAUUGCUUGGUGCACCAGGAGGAUGCUAAUGAGACUACUGAAGACAUUACAGGAGCAGAGAGAGGGACGGAUGGUAGCACUGAAGACUCCAAUGCCAGCAAAGAAAUAUCAAGCGUCAAGCCUGGCAUUGAUCCUUUUGAUGACAAGCAGAAGGAUCCUUUGAAGACUAAUGCAAUGAGGAGCUCUCUGUGGGAGGUUGACACACUCCGUCAUCACUACUGCCCGCCGGUGUCCAGAUUUGUUUUGUCCCUUGAGACUGAUUUGACAGUCAGAGCUAAAACUACUGAAGUAGCCGUCAAAGAUUUCAGUUCUGGUUCAUAUGCAACGAUUUUUGGUGAUGAGAUUCGGAGGAGAGUUAAACAGGUUCCCCUUGCGUUCUACACAACAACUCCAACUAUGUUAUUUCCGGAGUCGGAUUUUCUAGGUUGGACUUUCAAAUUGAAGGAUGAGGAUAAUACUGCAGUGCUGGAUUACACGUCAAAAGAAAAUGGUCAUAUUUCUGCAAAGCGAAGUCGAGUGGAGAGCUCAUGAUUUUAUUGGAACGAAGUGGUUCUUGACCUUUGUGUGACCUCUGUAAUUCAUGAUUCUUUCAAAUUUCUCAUUUCUUCCUUUCAGGAAGCAAAAUUUUGACAAUUUCACUAAGCUGUACUUUAAUGCUGAGUGGCGUGUAAGCAUUUGCUUUUGAUAAAGUCUUGUAUCUGGUAACUGCAGAAUUGCCCUUC